CUGACGACAAUUUCAGAUCGGGAUUGAACUGCUCAAAAGGUCUCAAAAGUGCUGUACAUGAUAAUGCAGUAGCCACCGUGCGAAGUACAGAUGAUCCUUCAUAAGUCCUGACAUCGCUCUCAACUUCAUGGCUUCACUUCGCAGUGGAGCGGUGUGCUGGAGAAUUGUCACCCAACAGGUGAACAGUCUGCAAUAGAUUGGCCUGCAGUGUCGUCAAAGUCGGCUUCUUCAGUCUCUUACUUCAAUUCCAUCAGUUUUGUUCAGGUUUGUUGUAUCAGGAUUCGGUCAACGGGAAGAAGUUACGAAUUUCAGCGGACCUGUGGGACAGAUCCAUUCCUGAGCCACCUUCCUAUCUCGAGUGAAGACCACUUCAAUUUGCAAUGCCUUGAUGACUCUGGCGAUCAAUUCUCUGCAGAAGACACAGAGAAAAGCGAGGGCCCGGUGGUUUAGGGUCUCAGGCUGCCAAUCUCAGGCUCCUGCCACAUGGCUGGAGAUGGAAGUGAAGUGGUGAGCUCAUCAGCUCGCGUGGAGGUCGAGGCAUCAGGGAUUACAGAAUACAGCACACCGGAACUGAAGAAUGAGAACACAGUUCAAGACGAGGCAAAGGUCUACGAGGACAGAGUUCGAGUUGAAGGCUGUGGAGUCGAAGCGAUGGCUCUCGUUGGAUCCUCUUCCUCGUUCCAGGAUCCUGAGAGCACCUACGUUUGGUAUGGCAGCUACGCUUCAAACAUGUGGAGUGCAAGGUUCAUGUGUUACAUCGAGGGAGGGCAGGUAGAGGGCAUGGCAAGGGCAUGCGGGGGUGGAAGAAACAGAACACCUCCAGUAGCUUCUCGAUGGUUACGAGUUCCUCAUAAACUAAUUUUCGGUCACGAGUGGAGUUCCUUUUGGGGCUCAGGAGGUGUUGCGUUUCUGGAUCCCAUCUCACAUGGAGGUUCUCCCGAUACUUUGAUGCGUAUAUACAAGAUAACGUUGCAGCAGUUCUGCGAUGUGCUCGCACAGGAGAAUCGAAGAGAUCCAAACGACUCCACGGUCAACAGUCACUCGACCGUCGACUGGAAUUUCAUCGACAGAUUGAGAAGGGAUGAGAUAGCAAGCCAUCGUACCUUCGACUUCUUCCCGGGGUCCUGGUACGGAACCCUGAAGUAUUUACGCGAUGAAGAUGGGCUUCCUAUUUUGACCUUCACAUGUUCCAUUGCUGAUAUGAGGAGAUUCAGUGAAGGCCAACUUCCUGUUUGCGCACCUUCAAAAUCAUAUAGCCAUGUUAUCAUCAGAGGUCUACUGGAGCAUGGACUCUCUGAAGAAGAAGCCACAGCUUAUGUCAAGGCACAUUCUCCCCCGUACGAUCGUGUCAGUGUGAUGAACCACAUGUGAAGAAUGUGCGGUCAAAUUUUUUUAGUGGCUCGGUUUCGUAAUGUUGGAUCAUUACCCGAGAUACUCUCUCAUUGUCUCCAGGGUCGCAUUAUUUUUUCCAUAUGAAGGAGAGGAGAAGGCAUUGUGGCCCACAUUACACCUCAGGCCCGAAAUUGGGGCCGUUUCGAAGUCCUUACUACUCAGAGGACAUUAAACUCCAAAUUCAGGAGAUUGUAAAAGGAACUGAUAUAAAGGUUGUCGAUGCUUUGAACAACCGUCGCCGCUAGUAGCCGAAACUUCUUGACCUUGGACCCUCAGAAUUGAAUAUUCAAACGCAUCGACAAUGUCCACCAUGUUGUGCACUCCGGUGCACAAACCGAGAAGUGAUGCUCUGAUGGCUAUAGAUUCUUUGCUAUGAUGCUUUGGCCACACCUCUCAGCAGUUGGAAUGUCAAUAUUCACUGGUUUCUCUUGUGAUCCCAUCCU